AUGCGACCUAUAUUCGGCGACACGCCGUCGCAGCGUCCCCGUCCCAGCGAUAAUGGGUGCCCAACCGCCUUCUUCAUCGGCGACGAGGACGCCGUCGAUGCCGCUCUAGAACAGUCUCUGUCGAGCUUCGUCACUCCUCGUGAUCCACGGAAGAAGCAGCAGCAGGGCGUGAAUAGUCCUACAGAAUCAGGUCCGAGCAGUCCAUCCAAGCAGCACACCGCUACACAGGAUCGUGAUGCCAAUGUUUCCGCUACGUCCUCCCUUCCCGACAGCGAUGACCAUCCCGAGGACGCUUCUCUCUCCCCCGAUCGGCCAGUCCCUCUGCAGCAACCUGCCCUUGCCUCAGCGAGCACCGAGACCUCGAGACCCAUUACGCCCCUGAUGCUGUCAUUGUCCGGGGCUGCCUCGGCCAUAAGCGGGGCUUCCUCGCGAAGGAACUCCAUUGCGGCGUCCCUCUCCGAAGAAGUAGCCAGUCAGGCUCUGAGCAUGAGUGCCGAGCUACAGCCUGAAUUGUCGUCGUCGUCCAUGAUGGACAGCAGUAGUGCUUCUCAGCUUGUCAUGCCCUCCAUCAAAAUGCCUUCUCGACGGCCGUUCACAGACGAGGGCAAGCGCAUUGGGAGGCUCAAGAUCCUCAUUGCUGGUGACUCUGGAACCGGCAAGACGGCUCUCAUCAAGGCUAUAGUCCAGACCUCGGACGCGAUCGUCCACGUCGAUCCAAUCACUCCGCAGCCAGCCAUCCUUGGCCACAGAUCGAGUUCCAGCCCUCGACCUAAAGGGAGAUCCAGGUCAACCAAGACUAGCAAUGAGACGACGCAAAUCUCUGAGAUAUCUGCGAGUACUAAACCAUACCCUGAGUGGUGGUCUGAUUUGGAUGAUUCUCGGCUUCUGAAACGUAAAAAGAGCUUGGGCGGCGAUACCAUCUUAGACAGGAAUGUUUGCUUUAUUGAUACCCCGGGUUAUAGUGACGGUUCAUCUAGUAUGGAGUCCAUUACUCCUGUAAUUCGUUAUAUCGAGUCGCACUUUGAAAAGGUGCAGUCCAACGCGUCGGCUGACUCUGAGAUGCUGAAUAUGCUGGGCGGUGAUGGAGGGAACCAAGUCGAUGUCGCCCUGUACCUCAUACAGAACAACCUGAAACCUGCGGAUCUCAAAUAUCUGCAAUUAUUAGCACCGCUCACCAACGUGAUACCGCUCUUGGCCCAAUCAGACACCAUGACCCCCGAGGCUGUCAGUCAGAGCAAAGAGCGCAUCAGGAGGGAGUUACAAGAGGCGAAUGUGCGGCCAUUUUCGUUCGCCACUUCUGCCUCUGGCGGAAACGUGGAGUCAGCGUCGCCUUAUGCCAUCUCCAGCUUGCCUGGAUCAGAUCACGACAUCAUGGAUGCCAGCCUCCUGAUGAGUCCAGACUACGUACAACCUCUGAAACCCUCAGACCUCACCAACCUGGUGGAGCAGAUAUUCAGCGAGAGCGGAGCCUCCUGGCUAAGGCACGCUGCUGCGAAGAAAUUCUUGCAGUGGAAGAAUUCAGAAAAUCCAUCUCGACCUCGAGCUCUGUACAGGCCAUUGAGCGUGCCUACUGGCCUACCAUCAGCCUCCCUGGUCGCGGCUGGAGCACCGCGGACCUACUCGCUUGCGCGCAUAGCCGAUCACACGCAACGUGAAGAGCGGAUGGCGCAGAUUCGCCUUGCCAACUGGGCAUCGGAUCUGCAAAGGAGCCUAGCGAACGAGAAGGCUCGUUAUGAAGCUCUUGCGCAGGGGGAGAGGGCCAUCUGGCUGACAGAAAGGCUGAACGAAUGCGUCCAGGACGGGACACUCGUGGCGGUCAAGCACCAGGAUCGGAGCUCGUCAAGACUGCGUGCAAAGAGGCUGUCUCGGGAACGGAGACCAGAUUCAGUAACCAUGCAUCACCAGGAUCCGCUUGGAUUGCUUGAAGUUGCCUCAAGGCUGAAGAACAAUGGUUGGAUCGCACUUGAGGUGCUUGGAGGUGUGAGCAUCUUGGGAGGUGUUGUUUUCUGGGUCUCCAAGACUCAUGGCUGGCACAUCCAAGCUCUCGAAUGGAUCGUUGAGUCCUGGUCUGACAAGAGUAGUGAGAGAUGA